CAAAUAUAUCAGUCCUGUCCCACGCAGUUUUAAAGCAAGUAGCCAACCGAAGACAACUUUGGGGUUGCAGUCAUGGAAGGAUUUCACUCGAACGCGUUACACUGAGACACCACGUGUUUCGCGACGUUACACCAGUCGUCGUAUCCUAAAUAAGUAAUUCAAAUUAAUUGAUUGAAACUAGCGUUUUAAACCGGUCAGUGAUCUUUAGUGAUGAUCUUUGUGAGCCGUUGAGUUCCUUCGAAGAAGGUGCCAGACAUGCAGCGAGUCCUUAGCUUCCAAAUGGCUCGCGGGCUCACCGAGUCCAGCGAGUUAGUGACGAAACGAAUGUGCUUUUCGUUCCUCUUUUCCGUCGGGUUUCUGUGUCUCCUCUGCGGCUUCCUACUGGGUCGUUUUGCCACGCAAAGGGCCUUCGAGUUUCGCGCGGAAAAGAAACGCCUCGAAUUAGCGGGAAAUGGCCUGGACAGCAACGAGUACCUGCAGCGUUUGAUCCUCGAGAAGCUGAAAUCGACCCCACUCGAUGACGAUUUCGAAGUAACAUGGAAAUCAUUCACCUCGCGGGAGGACGAUGUGCACCGAGCGAAUGGGAUCCUGUCGAAUUUCUCGAUGAUUCACAGAGUCGUAGAAUAUCGAUCGUGUAUCGUUGCAACUGUUCAAGGAUCCAGAGAACCUGACAGGUAUGUCGUUCUGUCAGCGAGCGACGAGGGUGUCAGUAUUGCUUUGAAAUUGGCGAAAAUUUUUAAUGAUAUUCAAAGGGAACAUGGCUGGAAACCUCGCAGAUCUCUUGUUUUUUGUCUGUUCUUUGGUCCUGUGGAUCCGUGCGUUGAAACAUUGCCUGGUUUUAUGAGACACAGAAUUCUAGCUUAUAUCGCGGUUCCUUAUCAAGCACUGCAAGGUAGAGGUCCUUUGGUUUUGUCGGGAUCUGAUGUAGUACAAUCUGUUGCUUUACAAGCUGCCAAAGUUGUAAAGAAUUUGUAUUCAUACGAUGAUCAAUUGGUAUUUUUAAAUAAUAUGUAUUACAAUUCAACAAUUUCCCAGUUAGCAUUAGAUAUACCUCAUGCAGUAUUAUCAUUCAUGAAUAACAGCUUUACAUUCGAUGAUGAUGAUCAUCAAAAUGAGUUACAUAAAGUAAUUUUAGCGCAAAUUCUUAGUCAAACUGUUUGGAGACUGUCUGAAUGUUUAAUCAUGAAAUGGGAUCCAAGUUAUUUUAAUGAUACCGUCUCAAAUGCAUUGAAAUCUAUAAAUAGUUCGCAAUUUUUAGAAGCCAAAGAAAAAAUACAAGAAACUUCAGUCAAACUGUUAAAUAAUGUUCAGAUUUUAAAUGGAGGGAUUGACACAAUUGAUAGCACCAAUACAUUCAAUACAAGGAUAUUAAAUGAUUUAAUGAUGGACUUGGAUAGAGCUCUUCUAUGCCCUGAUGAAAAUUUUCGAUCCAAAACUAAUUGGACAGAAUUUUUUAGUCUAAAUCACAAGCCUUAUAACAUAAGCUUAAUGUAUCUUAAAGAGAUGGUAAAGUGUUACGAAACUGUAAUUCAGUUAUUACAAAAUAGAUAGGAAAAAUGCAAAAAUAUAAAAAGUUUAGGUAUAAAAUUCUCUUUUAAAAUGACUGUGGUAACUGCAGACUACCACUGAAACCUAUAGCACACUGAUGUAUAAUUUUCAACAUUUUUACCAUAUGCCUAGUUUAACUUUACAUUCAGUAGUUCCUAUUUUCCAUUUGUAUAUCAUUAUUAAUUGCACAGAUACACAUUUAUAAAUAUACAAGGAAGUACAAAGCAUGUAUUACUCUGCCUGUGAUAAAUAAGAUGAUGCAAAGAGUUCCAAAAUUUGUAUCAGCGAACAUACCCUAUACCAUACCGUAUCUCUCUUUCAAACUGUGAAGCCUCGAGGGUUCCCUCAAUAGCUGUACAGUUCGGAUUAAAAACUGAAUAAGCACUCAGUUCACCUGGUUUCUUUGGUCUUGUGUGAGUAUUUAUCCAAAUAAAUAUUAACAUAGAUAAGACCAAAUAUACCGUUCCGAACUCAAAUUCAAUUGCAAUUACAUAUAAGAUAACCCAGAGAAGGAAGCAGAGCAGGUACAUUAUUGUCUUGAGUAACGUACAUUGAGACUGGUCUAUGCUAUCAUCCGAACAGCUGCUUUCUGUAUCCUGGAGAUCCUGUAAGCUUUCAAUACUUAACCACACCAAUCUGUCGUGUUUGUUUCACAAUAAAUAUCACUUUAGUUUCGUUUCACGAGGAAAGUUUAUUAUAUGUUAAAGGUUCAAAUUUUAAAUCACCACAAUAUACAUUCCACAUACAUGCCAAAUACGUUUGUCAGACUACUGUCAUUUCAAGUUUACUUUAACGCACCGCAUAAGUAGUAUAACCUUACCUCGACGUUGUUCGGUGACGCUACCAGCAACAAUUCUUUGGCAUCUUCGUUUUGGUUCCAUGGUAAAACAGUCUGUAUAGCGUGUUUAAGGGAUUCCGUCAUUCCUUCCCUGAAUUUCUGACGUCUAUAAGCAUUGAGUCUCUCUUUUAUACUGGCCUCGUUCAUAACGACCGCUUGACGUUACUUGCCUACUUGUCAAAUCAAUCGAGUUGCUACGUUCAUACUCCAAAAAUCAUCUGUUCGUACACAAGUUCGCUAAUUAAUUCGAAUACAGAACAUUCUACAGUCAAUUUCAAUUUACUUUGGAACCCAAUCGAUUAGUCGUUCAUUGCACCUUAUCUAUGUACUAAAUCAAUAAUUGUCGUCACAGCAAUACUUUCAAACCAUCAUCAGGAGUCACAUGUCUAUAUUUCCCAUAUAUCCAGAAAGUGUGGAGAAUUGGAACUCCAUUCGUUUCACGAUACACCGUUAACAAAUUAUUACAUCGACACAAACAUUUUUAUUUCUUUUCUGUAUAGAAAUACAUACUGAAUAUUUUACUCGAUCAUAAUAGGUUAUUGUUUACCAAUAGCUUCUUAUUUAAUUUAUGAUUUUAAUAAGCUUUUAAUAAUAAAUUUGAGUAAUAUCACAGUUUAUCCAAUGUUGAUUAUUACUUUUAACAGAGUGAAUUCAUUCAAAUGUCAAAAUACAAAUCUUUCAUUAUGGAAGAUUCAUUUAUGUCAUUUAUUUAUGAAAACUAUAUAAAUCAUUAAAAUCCGUUUAUUUGCUAUGUCUGGUAACCGUUUAUUUAAUUGUUCUACAUUAUGUCCAUAAUUACAGGUGAACAAUAUUGAAAUUAUUCUCCUUUUUGUUUAACUGUGUUUAAAUUUCUGUUACUGGUUCUAAGUUACUGUAUUAAUUUAAUGCUGAAACGUCACGUCGCGAUAUUCAAUUUAAUCAAUAAAGAAUAUUUUAUAUCGGCAAUUCUGUAUUACUUGUUAUCUAAAAUUUCAAUAUUUUUGAUUCUCAUUCCUAUCACCCAUAGCGUUGCCAUGCAAAACAACCUUAGUCGAUAUGAUAGGGCGUGAUAUGAAAAUGGUAAAGGGUAAAAUUUUACAUUGCACGUAUGCUAUCCUAUACCUCGUCUGUAAUGUAAGCAAGUACUUGCAUACCAACAUUUUAUAGAUUUCUGUGAACCAUACCAGACUAACUUAUCGACUUAGAAUUUUCAGACUGAUUACAACAACUUCUUCUUAUGGACAACAAUUAUUUGAAGAACACUAAUAUUGGAACAGAUAAAUAAAUAACAUUAUACAUAAUUGUAUAAUACAAUUAUUAUUAUUAUCUAUAAAUGAUUGUAUAACAAUUAAGACCCAGAAUUUGUUUAAUAGUAUAUUAUAAAAAAUCUGGGACAAUUAUAAUAAAUUAUUUACCAUAGUUUAUACAGUCCAUGGUUAUUUAAAAACAUUACAGAAGAAAUUCAGAAAUUAUAGAUUUAGUUUAUUAAUAGUAAUUUUAUUUUCACUAUAAGCAGCAAGAUCAAUAUACAUUAUAAGUAGGAAAUUUAAAACUAACUUAGAAUACGUAGAUAUUACUUAUACGUUUCGUAUUUUUAGUAACCCCUUGGUCCUCUGAAUCUUCUUCUUCCAUCAAUCUAAAACAUAUAUAUGAAUAUAUAUAAUCAUGCCUAUGUCAUGUAUAUAAAAAAUGAUGAUUUAAUAAUUACUAUUGAAUGUUUGCACUCAAAAAACAUCUGACGCAAUGAAUAACACUCAUCGGGCACAGAUGGGUGCCCUUGUAAGAGGCAUUGCUUGGGUGUAAUUCUAUGCUGUAAUAAAUUAAUAAUAUUAUCAUCCAACUAUCCUGUUUCAAAUCAUAUCUUUGUCUACCUAACGAUAAAAAGUUGCAUACGUAAACGAAUCAAUACAAACUUCUAAAAACACAACACAUAUGGUCAACGGAAAGCAGUUGUGUUCAGUGCUCGAGCGAGCUGAGAUCCGGAUAAUUAUCGAAUCUUGAAAU